CUCUCGGCUCAGUCAGAUGAAGGAAGAGACGAAAUAACUCUGAAUUUGGCUUUUAGCGCGUUUGACAACUUUUAGACCCUAAUGAUUUAAAGUACGACCGUAAAAGUGUUCAUGCUGGGCCAAAAUGACGUCACUGAAGUUGUAGUACCACCGUUUGGCCACUACGCCUAUUCACAGAAAACUGCUUCAAAUCGCCUCUUCCUGGUGUCUUGUUGUGAUGCUGAGGAGAGAGCAUCCACCACUGCAGCUCUUCACGCAGAGAGGCCGUGUCUUUUCAUAGAUGCAAUGUUAGAAAGAGUAGAUUUAUUAGUAUUUGUGCAUGUUAUAUUAGCACCGUGAGUUCACACUGCUCUCGGUGACAUCCUGAGCUCCAUCAUGGUGGAUUUAUCCGGGAAUGGUGCAGUGUCGCCCGGACACACCAGACACGGACAGGGCUCCGGGAACACCGGGAAGAAAACGUCGAAAAAGUCGCGAACGAAAAGAGGCAAACGAGGCAGGAAAAGACGGAAUAAAAAGAACAUCAGGAACAACAAAACACCACCACCCUAUUUUCCACCGGAGGCUGAAGAAGGAAACAUUGAGUACAAGUUGAAGCUGGUGAAUCCCACCCAGUACCGCUUCGAGCAUCUGGCCACGCAGCUGAAGUGGCGUCUGCAGGAGGGCCGCGGCGAGGCCGUCUAUCAGAUUGGAGUGGAGGACAACGGGCUUCUAGUGGGCCUGACCGAGGCCGACAUGAGGGCCUCGCUCAAGACCUUAAAGAGGAUGGCAGAGAAAGUCGGUGCUGACAUAACUCUCCUCCGAGAGAGAGAGGUAGACUACGACUUGGACAGAAAUACUCGUAAAAUCGCAGAAGUCCUGGUUCGAAAAGUUCCCGAUGAUCAGCAGUUCCUGGACCUGCGGGUGGCGGUUCUGGGGAACGUGGACUCGGGGAAGUCGACGCUGCUGGGCGUCCUGACGCAGGGCGAGCUGGACAACGGGCGAGGCCGAGCGCGGCUCAACCUCUUCAGACACCUGCACGAGAUCCAGACCGGACGCACCUCCAGCAUCAGCUUCGAGAUCCUCGGCUUCAACAGCAAAGGGGAGGUUGUGAACUACAGCGAGUCUCGGACGGCGGAGGAGAUCUGCGAGAGCUCCUCUAAGAUGAUCACCUUCAUCGACCUGGCCGGACACCACAAGUACCUGAAGACCACGAUCUUCGGCCUCACCAGCUACUGCCCCGACUUCGCCAUGCUGGUGGUGAGCGCCAACACGGGCAUCGCCGGCACCACCCGGGAGCACCUGGGCCUGGCCAUGGCGCUGAAAGUUCCUAUCUUCAUCGUGGUCAGUAAAGUGGACCUGUGCUCCCGCGGCACCGUGGAUAGAACGGUCCGGCAGCUGGAGCGGCUCCUGAAGCAGCCGGGCUGCAACAAGCUGCCGCUGCUGGUGUCCGGCCCUGACGACGCCGUGACGGCCGCGCAGCAGUUCACCCAGUCCGAGUGCAUCACGCCCAUCUUCACCCUGUCCAGUGUGUCUGGAGAGAGUCUGGAGCUGCUGAAGGUUUUCUUGAACAUCCUCCCUCCACUGAGCAACAGCAAGGAGCAGGAGGAGCUGAUGCAGCAGCUCACUGAGUUCCAGGUGGAUGAGAUCUACUCAGUUCCUGAUGUUGGGACAGUGGUGGGAGGAACUUUGUACAGCGGCGUUUGCAGGGAGGGCGAGCGGCUGGUGGUCGGUCCGACUGACGAGGGCCGCUUCCUGCGUCUGAAGGUGGGCAGCAUCCAGAGGAACCGCUCGGCCUGCAGGGUGCUGAGGGCCGGACAGGCCGCCACGCUGGCUCUGGGGAACUUCGACCGCUCGCUUCUGCGCAAGGGCAUGGUGAUGGUCAGUCCCAAGAUGAACCCGACCAUCUGCUGUCAGUUUGAAGCCGCCAUCGUCCUGCUCUUCCACGCUAAGACCUUUCGCCGGGGGUCGCAGGUCACGGUGCACGUGGGCAAUGUCCGGCAGACAGCUACAGUGGAGUGCCUUCACGGGAAGGACGAGCUGCGUACCGGUGAGAGAGCCGUGGUUCGCUUCUGCUUCAUCAAACAUCCCGAGUACCUGCGACUGGGCGCCAAGCUCCUCUUCAGGGAGGGAGUCACCAAAGGCAUCGGCCACGUCACCCGCCUGCUGCCCCCCUCCCAGAACCACGACCAGAACCAGAACCACGACCAGAACCUGCAGAAGGAGCAUUAAGCCCCAGAUGUUGAGCUUCGUGAGAACUUUGACCGCUCAGACGCCACUGAAGCUUCUCCGAGCGGCUUCACCCCCCCGCCACAUGUCGCCGUAUUAAUCCUCCCCUCCGGAUCUAAACUUCUGUCAAAGAGUCAGCCAUCAUCAUCAUCAUCUUCUUCUUUCCCCAGCAGACGUUCGUGUCUUGAGUUAAAGCUGCCUGACCUCCGUUGGUUUAAGCCUGGACGCUUAAUCUGAUGUUGUGCCAGGGUUUUGGUUUAGGACGCUCUUUUUCUCGUGAGGCUAUCAUGAGAAGACUGCAGGAUUAUUUAUUUGGGGGGGAGGAGGAACGACUGAACUCUCAAAAUCUAUGUACCCUAAGACUUUAUUUGAAAUCUGAAGAGGGGGAUUAUUUUCCACACGGAGUUGGAUUCUUUUAUCUGAUGAGUCGUCUCAUCAAACAUUUAGGAUCUUAAUAAUGGCUUUGCAUGUUUCAACCCAUAAACUGCAAAACACUGUAAUCCGCAGAGCAAGCUGGGGGGUCAGGGGUCACGUUAUGAACUUUUUAACCAGCAGUGGUUGAAGCUACUGUUAUCGUUAAUCUGUCAAAUACUUUGUAGCGUCAUCAGUUAGCUAUUUGGUCUAAGAAAUUGCAGAAAAUAGAGUGAAAAUAUCUUGCUUUUCCAAAAACAACCUCAUAUAUUCAGUUCGUAAUCACCUAAACUGGAGGAAAGCAGCACACCCUUAAACCAGAGACUGAUUCAUGGUUAGAUCAUCAAGAGUUUUGUCAAUUAAUAACCAAUUUAUUAUUUUAGGACUUAUUCUGAGAGACAGGUACUUCAGAUUUUACCUGACAAACCCUAAAUAUAUUUUAUAUUUGAGCAGAAAACACCAUUAGUGAUGUUUAAUUAAAGUCCCCCACUUUGUAUUCUCACUAAUAGUAACAUUGGUGACAUUUUAACGCGUUCAAUUCAGCCAAAACUGUCAUUUUAUCAGCUCUAGAGAUAGAGAUCCAGACUCCAAAAUAGAGGAUCUUUUUAAAUUAGCUGCAUUACACCAUCCUGCUGCUUUAAAAGUCAAAACCAUGCAGACAGUAGACAGCUGUUCACCGCGCUGUGCUACUUCAUGACUCCUGACACCUGCAGGACUCCCAACAGACCACAAGAUUUCAGGCUGAUGUGCUUCGACAGGAUUUGGGGAAAAAUCGAAGAGAAACCCUACAUUAUUCUCCGUUGUUUUGCACUUUAUUCACUUCUAAUCAUUUGGAUGUUUCCCUUCUGUCCCUUUAGCGAGGCUCUGGAUCACUUAAAGGCCCUCGUCUGAUAUUUCCUGUCUUAUUUCCACACAAAAAUCACCAUUUUGAAGGUUGAUAUAUCGAUGAAUCGUGGAGGAAGCUUCCGUUACAUUUUUGUUGGAACAAAACAAUGCAGUUGAGAAGUGUUUUUAGAGAGAAAGAGUUGCUUUUCUACUUUAAAGCCUUAUGGUCACUUUGUUGAGAUUCCUGCCGUCCGUUCAGCUCUUAAACUCGCGUCGCUUUUUGAGCUGUUGUACAUUCAGCAUCAGAGGUAUUUGCAUCUUGGUCUCCGGUUUGUUCUGACUAUUUGUUCAUGUUUCAGUAGGGUUUGAUGUACCAGGCAGCUUAUUGCAGCGACACAUAACCAGCAUGCUCUCUGACUGGCUGAAAAAAACUGUCAUUGAAAGUGUAAAAAACAAAACCAUUUAUCCAGUGUUGAUUUUGAUUUUUUCUGAGGUUUUGUGCAAUUGUAAAACUAAAUAUCGAAUGUACUUUCCAUGGAUCCUAAGAAGCAUUUGAAACUGCUUACUGAUGAAAUACUGUUGACUUUGCACUUUGUAUUCUGAUUCUGCAUGUGUGUUGACGGCGGCGUCCGCUGACUCCGCAGAACGAUGAAGACGAGGAUUGAACAUUUCAAACAUUGAAAGAGUGGAUUUAUCAGUUUGUUUUUCCUGACUGUCCCUCAAACUAAUAAAUAAACCAUUAAA